AUGAUUGAAUAUUUGGACAUAUUUAAUAGGUCUAAGCAAUUACUCAUGGCAAAGGGUUACGAAUUUGUGAAACAUUGCGAAGUUGGUGAAGUGAGUGAGUCAACACCAGGUUUGAAUCAAAUUUCUUGUCAUAUUUAUAGUGAAAUUAGUAGGUUUAUAGACCCUUCAAUCGCAUCUCCGGAGUUUAAUUCGUUAUUAUCUGAUUUUAUCGCAGCCAGUUUUUCAGAUUUGAAGAGUAUCCCAUUAGUAAUGGAUAAUUUUUUAUCAGAAAUAAACAACGCAACUGAUGGGUUUGAUCGUGAUGUUUUUUAUAAGAGAUGCCAUAUUUUGGUAAAAAUAUCCUUUCUAAUGGCCACCUUUUGGGCACUUGCAUUUGAUCAAAAAUUGGAUACACUUAUAGGAUUAAAAAUUGAUCGCACAAACAACAAUUUGAAGCAUAACAUGCUCUGCAUGAUUACUGAUAUACGAACCGCUAACAGGAAUGCAAUGCAGUAUUUGGGCGGCGGGUUUAAACUACGCAAUUUGUAUAGCGUAUAUAGCGAAGAACAGGCAUGCCGUAACAUGAAGUCAAAAUACAUAUUAGACUGGCUCAACGAACUGAUCGAACACGAGAAGAACUACGAAUUCAAGUGGUGGCCCACAUUGUCCCAAUCGCUCAACCUCGAUAUAAAUAACACCACGCAUAAUGGUGUACUUAAGAUACUAAAUAAUGAGAUGAAACAAAGAAUGAAUGAAACGGAGAAACUAAGACUAACUGAAAAUGAGACUAAGAAGGUUAACGAGAAGCACAAAGCCCUCAUAAAUUCCAUCGGUAAAUUUAAAAACGAAGUUUCUGCGAUAUGCAAGUCACUAGAAAAUGUGGAAAAGGGCAUAAGUGAUUAUAUAUGA